GUCAACGUCCGGUGAGGGGGCAGGACUUCCUUAUUGGUUGCUAAGACACUCUUGUUUGCUCCUUGACAACUCUGGCGGGGGUGCGCUAGCUGCAGCCCGGCUCCGGCCCCGCGGGAGCAGCACCCCUUGGGGAAAGACAUUCUCUGCUCCCACCAAGUUGGCAGGACCUGCUUCCCAGAUCUCCCGGGUGUCUUAAUUGCCAGUCCCAGCACCUCCUGAAAGCCCCACUCUCUUCUCACUGAUCACAGUGGAAGGAUCAUGGGAGAAACAGAAGGGAAGAAAGAUGAGGCUGACUAUAAGCGGCUGCAGACCUUCCCUCUGGUCAGGCACUCGGACAUGCCAGAAGAGAUGCGAGUGGAAACCAUGGAGCUUUGUGUCACAGCCUGUGAGAAAUUCUCCAACAACAACGAGAGUGCUGCCAAGAUGAUCAAAGAGACCAUGGACAAGAAGUUCGGCUCCUCUUGGCAUGUGGUGAUCGGCGAAGGCUUUGGGUUUGAGAUCACACACGAGGUGAAGAACCUCCUCUACUUGUACUUCGGGGGGACCCUCGCUGUGUGUGUCUGGAAGUGCUCCUGACACCGUCCCUCGCCUGGCCCCUGCCCCCCAGGUCCCUACAGGGCCUUUGCUACCUCUCAUCUUGGAGAGUGGGCAGUUCCAGACAGGCCCUGGUGUUCCUGGGGAGUCUGGGGUCUUUUCUUUUGUCCUGUGUACCCGUUUCCUGAGCCGUGCCCAGUGUGUGACGUCAUUGACAUGUCCAGCCCCAGGCUCCUGGACGCCUCGCUCUGAAUCCCAGAGUGUGAAGGGGGCAGCAGGUUGUGGUCUCUACGUGGGAAGGGAUGAGAGGUGGCACAGGGUAGACGGAGGUAGGGGCACAGCCCUUUUCUCACGGGGUCAUGUCCACCCCAUUUCUUUGAUGGCUGCUCCACCUUAACAGCCCAGGAGCCCCACCUGCCCACCCCUAGCACUUCUGGCGAGGGGCUGCUGUCCUCGUCUAUGUCCCAACCAUGUGCAAAUGGCCCCAAGAAGGAGCCUCUGCUCUCAAGGGUUACUGGCCUCUCCUGCUCCAGCCUGCACCCAGGAAGAGCAAACCACUACAUCUCACUGGGCCAGCAGCCCUCGGCCCCAGCUGUGACAGGACCAGCCUGCCUCCCUCCCUGCUGCCAGGUGAACCUUGUAUUCUGCCUCUCCUCUCCAGUGCAGCUGAGGAUGGGUGGCUGAGAGUGUGGGGACCACCACGGAGCAGGCUCGGUGAGGCACGGGGGGCCUGGAGUGCUCUCACCAUAGGCCUGCUUGCGCAGGGAAACCUGGUCGGCCAGUUACUUCUCAUCAGGGACCGCAUGCUGAUUUGUACUUCUUAUCUCUGCUGGAUUUUCUAUCUUCUUUUUGAGUGUGGGGAGAAGGGUUUUAGUAGAAGGGUGAAUCCUAUUUUACACAGCGGUCUUAUUUAUAUGAAUGUCUUGGUUUUUACAAUUAAAAUGGCCAAAAGUUGA